AUUUUUAUUUAUAUGUGGUGGGGGGUAACAAAGUGUGCAACAUUGUCCGUAGGAUUUAUAAUUAUCAAAAGAUUGAUCAAAAGGAAUGCUUAAUUUUGCGAUGUACUUGUAAUACAAAUUAUGAUUAUUUGUGAGACAAAAUCAUAUUCUACGCGCAACGUAUAAAGUUAUUAAUGCAAUUGCUGGACCUUCCUGUUACUGGUGUCAACUGCAGAUUUUUCUACAAUUACAACUUGGAUAAAAUGGAUUAUCGUCAAAAGAUGAUUAUACCUUCCCAACAAAAUACAAAGAAUGAUGAUGAGGAUGACGAAGAUUUGGAAGCUUUAAGACUUGCGGCUCUUCAAUCAUUAAGGACUAAAGACACUGUACAUAAUAAAAAGCAACCCCCACCACAGAAAACUGUUUCAGAUGUAAUACAAACAUCUCACACAUCGUAUAAGAGUCAACGACCUUUACGAAGAGGAUAUUUUCAUAACCGAAUGCAACAGCGACAGAAUGGCAAUGUAUAUUAUCAAAGUCCACGUAAUCCAAAUUUGAUAGCAAUAAUUCCUCUAGAUGAACGUCCUGUGCUGCAGCAAACUGAUUUAGCUUGCUCAGUAGAAAAAAUUGUUCCCAGUAUUGAGUCUUAUUCUACUGAAGUAACAAAAUUUCAUCGUUUCAAAGAUAAUGGAAGUGGUUCCGACGAAGAAGAUAAUAAAGAACAAAAAAAUACAGUUACAAAAUCAGAAAAUGUUAAGAAAGAUGGUGUAGGUGAUAAAAUAUCCACAAUGGUUGAAAAUCAGAUGGAAACUGUGGAAAACUUAAAAAAGGCUGAGGAAGAUCAAGGUGGAGUCAAUGAUGAUGAUGAUGAUAUCAUUAUAAUGGCUGAUCUUGAAGAGGAAGAUAGCUUAGAGCGCUUAAUGGAUGAAAUGGAAAGAGAAAUGAAUGUUGAUAAACCGUCCGAAAGGAAAGAAAAGAAAAGUAACAAAAAAGAAAACAGAGAAUCUAUGAAAAAAGAUGAGAUAAAUAGGAAUAUAAGCCAGAAAAACAGAACAGAAGAUAGCAAUAUUCGAAAAGAAAGUUAUAGUCCAGCACCAGCAACAAUCAUCAUAAAAAGUGAAAGACGAUCUAUAUCUCCACAUACAGUUAAUCGAAUUUCACAAAAACGUAGAUCAUUAUCACCAAGAUCCCGAUCAAGAAAGAAAUCACCUAAAAGAUCUCCUAGAAGAUCACCUAGUAGGCAGUCAAAAAAAUCUCAGCGAGAAAUGACUAGGUAUAGAUCGCCUCGAAAGUCUCCAGUACGUUAUUCUCCGCGAUCACGAUCACCUAAGCUUUCAUCACGAUCAAGAUCACCACGAUUAUCACCACGUAGAUCUCCAAAUAAGUCUCCAAUGAGAUCACCUAUUAAGAGAUGUCUGUCUCCAAGAGGAAGAUCUCCGAAACUUUCGCCGCAUUCCAGAUCUCCUAGACCAAUACGUUCACCUAAAAUAUCCAUAACUAAGUCUCCGAGGUUGGCCCGUUCACGUUCUCCAAGAUUUUCGCCAUUGAGAUUAUCUCCUCAAUCUAGGUCACCGCUAAGAUCAAGAUCACCUAAAAUAUCUCCAAGACGAAUAUCACCCUCGCGUAGAUUAUCACCUAAAUCAAAAUCUCCUGGGUUAUCCCCUCGAAGAGGAUCGUCACGUUUAAUGUCACCAAAAAUAUCACCACGAAGAAUGUCACCGCGAUCGAGGUCACCAAGAUUAUCACCACGUAGAUCACCAUGGUCAUCACCUAGGAAUUCACCUCGUCUAUCUCCUAGACGAAAAAGAUCUCCAAGAUGGUCGCCUAAAGAACUAUCUCGAAAACAUGGACCACGAUCUAUUACUCCAGAUGGAACAUGUAGUCCAUCAUAUGCCAAGGAAUCAUCCCCGAUAAUUAAAAGUAGGGUAUCUCCAGAAAUAAAUCGUGUAAAAACAAAACAUAAAGAAGAAAGUUUUGAAGAUGCUACUAUGAUAGAAAAAGAAACUGCUGAUAUAAUUAAUGAUCCUGUAUUAGAAGCCAGACGAAGAAAAUUUGAAUCUACAAAGCCCAUAGAUCCAAUUAAUGCAAAUAAAAAGAUUAAAUUAAAUAAAAAAGAAAAUACAAGUAAGAAGGUAGAAUCGCUAGAAGAAGGAGAUAUUCAGACAGGAAAUGUAAGAAAACUUAACAAAAUUACAGAGGAUUAUGAUAUUCAAGAAACAGAUUUAUGUUUAGAUACUCAUUACGAGUUUGAAGAGUUUGAACAAAGCAUAGAAAAUGCUUCUCCUAUUGCUAUUACGAGUUCUGUUAAUUCAUGUUUAGAUUUAGAAACUCAAAAUCCAGAAAAAGAAAGAUCCUCAAAAAAGAAGAAGAAACGCGACAAGGAAUUGUAUCAAGUGGGAAAAUUAAAAAAUGAACUUCCUCUUUCUGAACGUAUUGGAAAAGAUAAGAAGUGUAAGAAGCGUAAAGAUGUUAUUUCGGAUGGAUCAAGUGAGGAUAUGGAUGCCAUUUUUGAAGAUCUAGUAGUUGAUAAAGAAAGUGAUUUACGAACCGAGUUAAGUAGAAGACGAGCAGAAAGAUUAAAUAGGACAGUGCCAAUUCAAUCUGCGAGAUUAGUACAGUCUGCUUUUAAGGGAGUUGUUAAUGAAGUUGUCAAAAGUAAUGCAAAAGUGAAUCAAAGACAUUUAGUUAAAGCAGAUGAAAAAACUAAUCAAAAAGAAGUUCGACGGGUUACAGUUCUUCAUAGGUCAAUAUCUGACAUACACGAUUCUGAAGAUGAAAGUACUCUAGAUUCAAAGGUGCCUGUGCGUUUUAGACUUGGUCUCAAUAAACAAGUACAAGAUACUAGAGAGUCAAAAGUUUCACGAAAGACAUCUAAAAGACAGGGUCGCAAGGUAAACCAUAAAAUUAAUUUGGCUGUAACAAAUGCAGAACAUAUUUUAUAGUAUAAAAAUUAUACCUUACAACAUGUACAUAAUUCGCAUAUUCAACAUCUUUUGGAAACAUAAUACUUACACAUAAUUUUGAUAUUGUAACAUUUCAACUGCUUAAGUUUACAGCGUGCUAGUAUUUUUGAGUUUUUUGAAAUUAAUUGUAUUGGAUAUUUUGAAUAUUAUUGUUAACAAUUUGCUUAAAUAAUUAGAAACAUAAAAAUUCUCGAAUUAAAUAAAUAUAUGUAGUUUAGAUUUACAGUAACACAUUCAUCCAGAAACUUUUUUGUCAUAGCAUGCAUAAAAAGUAUUAAGGAAAACAAUACAAUUGAAUUUAAUUAUGAUAAAUGAUCUUUAAUAUUAGGAAAUAUUUUAUCAUUUUUAAAGAUACAAAUAUAUAUGUUAAUGUUUAGCAUUUAAAUAGUUGAUUCAUUUUUUUAAUAAUAUCAUUUUCACGUUGUACGACGCAAAGAAUGAUUAAUAAUUUUAAAUAUUUAUCUCAUAUUGCAAUUCUUGUAUACAUGAAAAUAUUAAACAUAUUUCAUAUUAAAAAACUUGAAAGUACAAAAUAAAUAUUAAUUUUUCAUCAAAUGUGGUACAUUUUAUAAUAUAGUGAGAUAUAUUUAAAUGCAUAAUCAACAAGUUUAUUUAUAAUUCAUACUCUUUUACAAUUACAUCAAUGUUCCUCUAUUUUGUUAUUAUGUACCUAUAAUCUUAUUAUAGCGAUUGUGUUGUAACUAAAUGAAAGAAUAUUAUUUUUCCCCAUUAUAAUCUCAUGACAUAAAAAUAAUGUAAUUAAUAUAUUUGUAUAAAUGUUUAUUAUUUAUAUUUAAAUAAUUAAUUUCAUAGUUACAACUACCUAAAAGUUUUCAAUAGUUUCAAAAAUAAAAUUACUCUAAAUAAAUAUUUCUAUAAAUUGAAUAUUUCUUUUAAAUUUACAAAAUGUAAAUAUUUAUACAUUAGUAGCAAUUAUGUGUAUCAUUAAUUUUAAAACUGAAUAUUUUUAAGCUUAAUGGAUUAAAUAUGCUUUCAAACAAGUUUCAAAAUGAAUGUACAGUAUCGUUGCUGCAAUCAGUCCCCUUUUUAUGUUUUUAAUAUUUCAUAAUUUAUUAUCAGUCUAUUAUUUAUUAAGUAUGAUAUCUUUUAAAUAGAAGCAUUAAAAUAAUUUAAUGACACAACCAAAUUUUGUAAAUAAUAUGAAAAAUUCAGAAGUAAUACUUAAUUUUUAAAUAAUUAUUCAUAUUUUUCUAAUUUAAAAUAAUUGUAUGAUGCAUUGUGACAUGUGUGUCAAAUAUAUUUUAUAUAGCCACAUAUUUUAUAUAGUUUAAAAAGCAGGCUAUGAUUAUACUACAAAUGUUCAAAAUAUUUGUUUGUAUUAUAAAUAUUUCAUUUUAUAUUAAGAUGUUUUUCUAGAUCUAUUAUUUGUUUUCUUUUGUAAACAAAGAAACAUUAGGUACAGCGCUACACAUAUUGGAAGCGCGGAUAUACUAAAUGUAAUGGAUUCAAAUGUGUAUUAAAGAUACAUGUGUAUAUAUGUAAUUAAAUAAAUAUCUGUUUUAAUCCGCGUAGUUUUUGAUACACGAGUACAUAUGUAUUAACAUAUUCAGAUUUUGUAUUUCGUGUAAUUAUUAGUGAAUAAUAAACACCUCGCCCCUGAAUAUUUAAGUGCAUUUAUGCAGAUAAUUUGCGAAAAGGAUGUAUGCGUGAUAUUUUAGGUUGCAAGUAACAAUAAAAAACAACAUAAUGUCGGUUUCGUCCUGUAUAAAUGAUGAAGGCAAGCAUAAAUAAAUACCUAUUCAACAACUUCAAAACUUGCUAAAAAAAAUUUAAUGAUAUCAGCAACACCGAUUGUAUCAAAAUGAUAUUCUUCAAGCAUGCUGGAAAUAUUGUUACGAUAAAAGGGAACCAUCUGUUAUCAGAAAAUGUUAAUAGAUUAGUUCCUUUUAUACCAAAAUACACGACUAUUUGACUAAACUUUGUUGAGCGAAAUUAUGUUCUUUUGUAUUGCUAUCUGCAACCUAGAAUAUCAUAUAUUUGUUUUGCGAAUUACUUGCGUAAAUGUGCUUAAACAGUGGGGUAUUUUGUAUAUGUAUAUAUAAAAGUUUUGUUAUAUAUAUCUGUUAUAUACAUCCGUAUCCGUUUUGUUAUAUAUAUCCGUUUCUGAAAGAACGGAUGAAUAUAAAGUUGACUUUCUUUUAAAAGAAUUAAUGAAACAGGAAGUCAUCUGUCCUCAGCCUCGAAUCGAGUCAAUAAAUGAUCUUAAUUGUUAAACUUAAUCGUUGUACAUACUCGUACGCUCUUUCACUGCCUUUUGGCAUUUAAUAUUAGUUUAAGUUCUUUUGUUAUCUUAGUUAUCUUAAUUUAAUUGCGUUUUAUGACAAUAAACUCAAAUGGUUUGUUCAUCA